ACCCGGGUUUCCUAGCUAUAGACUGUAGUAGUUGUGUGACUUGAUACUUGCAAUUGGUUCCCAUCGACUUCCUCCCGUGCUUCUCCUCUCCCUUCCACUCUCUACUUUCCAUUUCCCACUCUUCCCGCUUCUUGCACCCUUCCACCCUCGAUUUCCCGGCAAGGUUCAUUCGGCUCUCCAUCUCCAUAUUCUUCCAUAUCCAUUGUCGCCAUCGCCAUCCAUCACUACUGGCUUACAGAUAGACACUAACCAGCAUCUCUUGAAUCACACUACUGCACCUGUCCAACCUGCAACUUUCGACACGUUCGAACCACACACACCAUACAUCGUACACACACCUCAUACCUCGCCUCACACACACCUCGCCUCCUGACGCCUGCCUCAUUUUACCUACACGUACUCUGUACUGAUUCCCACCCCUCUGUCAUCAUCGCUUGCCAGUGCGAAGCCCAACUGACUAGAGGAAAUAAUAGCCAGACGGGGAGAAAAAGGACGUCCCUGCGCGCACAGAGCACGCUACGCUGCGCACUGCUACACGCCGUCAUCGUCCUGCCAUUCUUCGCCUGGCCCUGUCGACCUGAACCUUCCACACCCCCGGUCCAUUCCUCCCCCCCUCCUUGCUUUUGGUACCUAGCGUUGUCGGGUUUUUUUUUUUGUAGGCUGCCCCAGUCUCAACUGCUUGCUUGCUUGCUUGCCUGCCUACUGCGGCUCGCCUUCCCGCCCGAUCUUCAGUUGGCCCUGUUCCUCCAACUUCCGUCAUCCGAGUCCACGUUGCCCCUCCGCCAACAUCACCACUGUACGCCGCAGUCCACAAAUUCAUCCUUCUCACAACAAUUUCUCCCCUUCAGCCGCCACAUCCCCCCUCUCUCCCGACUUCACAAAGAAAUACAACCUUGCAUUUCUCUCUUGUCCACCCGACGCAGUCUUUCAACCUUGUUUUCCGUCAUACAAACCAUAUCGCUACGUCGACCUUUGCCCAGUGUUGCCCAGUGUUGCCUUGCAGCGCAUCCCAAUCGCACCCGAGAGCAUAUUCCCCCACGACUCGUGCUUCGCCGUCUCCGCAUUACCAAUCACAGAAAAGCAACCUUCCCCUCCCCUCACCCCGGGGCACGCCGACUGAAUCAGCCACCGCCGAUUGCGACUUGCGAUUCGGACCAAGAGAUACACUCUCGCGAAUAACCUCACAUUUCGUCGCUCCCCGUAGCGUCCCUGGCGAUCACCAUGUCGACGAUACAGCAGCUUAAGAACUUUAUCCGACACGGAAAGCAGGCCCGAGUCAGCAACAACGACGAGCAGUCACCUAAGCAGCAACACUCGCCUCCUCAGAAGGCCCACGUUGGCGUUUCCGAGCCAGCCUACCCUGUUGCCAACCCCGUCCAGGCAAUUCCCGAGGCAUACUCGGUUGCCGGCGAUGCCCAAGCCCGCGCUGCUCAGGCCGGCAACGUCGCCGCGCAUGCCGCCGAGCCGAACCAGCGAAAGACAUCCAAGGCUGGCAAGAAUAUCGACAGCACGCACAUUGCGAAGCUGAUUGCUGAGGAGAACGAAAGCAAGAGCAAAUUCCCGAGAUACCCUGGCUUGGAGAGAUGGGACUUGCUUGAGAAGAUGGGCGACGGUGCCUUCAGCAACGUCUAUCGCGCGCGUGAUACCACUGGUGAACAUCCCGGCGAGUGUGCCAUCAAGGUCGUCCGGAAAUAUGAAAUGAACAGUAUGCAGGGAAACAAGCAUUUACACCCGGACUUCAAGAAGGUCCCCAAGGCUGCAGAGAGAGCCAACAUCUUGAAAGAGGUGCAGAUCAUGAGACAACUUGACCAUCCUAAUAUCAUCAAGCUCAUCGACUUUUCCGAGUCGCGGCAAUACUACUACAUCAUUCUUGAACUGGCCCCCGGUGGCGAGCUGUUCCACCAAAUCGUCCGUCUCACCUACUUCAGCGAGGAGCUUUCAAGGCAUGUCAUCGUGCAGGUUGCCCAGGCUCUGGAGUACCUGCACGAGGAGAGAGGUGUUGUUCAUCGUGACAUCAAGCCGGAAAACAUCCUGUUCAGCCCGAUCCCCAUCGUCCCGUCCAAGAACCCCAAGCCCAGACAGCCCGGCGAUGAAGAUAAGGUCGACGAGGGCGAGUUUAUUCCUGGCGUUGGAGCAGGCGGCAUCGGUCAGAUCAAGAUUGCCGACUUCGGACUCUCCAAGAUCGUUUGGGACAACCAGACCAUGACGCCAUGUGGUACGGUCGGAUACACAGCUCCUGAGAUUGUCAAAGAUGAGCGAUACUCCAAGUCGGUUGAUAUGUGGGCCCUGGGAUGCGUUCUCUACACACUUCUUUGCGGUUUCCCCCCCUUCUACGACGAGAGCAUCGAGGUUCUGACGGAGAAAGUCGCCAAGGGACAAUACACGUUCCUUUCUCCUUGGUGGGACGACAUCUCCAAGUCGGCCCAGGACCUCAUCUCCCACCUCUUGACUGUGGAUCCUGACAAACGUUACACCAUUACCGAGUUCUUGGCCCACCCGUGGGUCAAGGGAUCCGGCCCCACGCCCCGCGACGAGAAAAAGUCGCAGCCGGAUAUGCUCCGCGCAUUCGAUGCUUCGAGAAUCGUCGACGGCGAUCGCCGCCACGACUUCCGCUCCCCUGGUGCGGUUAACCUGCGUGAGGUGUUCGACGUCGGCUACGCCGUACACAGACAAGAAGAGGAGGCCAAGCGUCGGAAGCAGGUCGGUACCAAAGGCGGCGUUCCUGCUCGUUUCUUGAACAAUCUAAACGAGGAAUCGGAUGAAGAGGAAAUGGCCGAGAACAAGGAGGCCGAGUAUGUCCACAAACCGACGCAAAACACGCAGGCGCUCGAGCAAAGCAUGCGCAAUGCUCAAAUCAAAGAUCAGCAAGAACAACAACGUGGUCGUGAGCGCGAGCGACAAGCGGCCCCGGGCGAAAAGGGCUACGGCCAGCACUCGGCAGCUGUUACAGCUGCCGCUCGCCAGCAAGUUAGGGACCGCAACAGGCAGAAGGGUGCUUUCGAGCUCAGCCUUGAUGGCGCCACGCUGCUGGGAAGGCGGAACAAACAACCUCUCGCAGCCCGGGCCGGUGGGGCGUAGGAACCUCGAACCCCUAGCUGCACCUCCCCCGGGAGUGAGGUUGGUCUCGCACAAGGCCUCGAUACUACGUGGUAGAUCUAGAAGGAGGCAUUAUGAACCAAAGCGGGGUUUUUCUGGCGUAUGGAUUUUACAGGGAUGGCAUAUCUUGGUCAAGUGGCCGAGGACACUACUAGCGCAAAUCAUGAGACGGACGUCAUGGAUAUCCAAUUGUGUGUCAAAGUCGGGGAUUAUUUUUUGUUUUGAUUUUCUUACCGGGACGGAUUAGCUACGACUCCUCAUCUCCUUUUCGCGGCAUUAUAUAUACAUAGGCUUGGAGUUCAUUGGCAACGGGACCCUACAUCCCUCAUUGCGACCAUCAAUGAAUGUCAUUUUGCAAUUUGACUUUCUUUCCCUUGGCUACCGUGGUGGGCGUCCGUCCACUGCUCUUGACUCGUGUCAAAUGCACAAAUCCAUCUGAGAUGUAGUUUUUUCUGCAUAGUAUGAAACAUGGUCGUUGAACCACGGUUGAUGGACUAACAGGGCUCCGUUCAAGAUGACUGUUCAAGAUUGGUCCUGACGUUGGGACCCUGCCAUGCCAUUAUCUUACACCGUUCAACUUAGUCUUGCAUGUUGAGGUACGCGUAACAAUCACCACCACCACGUGUGAGACGACGCGGGUCCCAGGUUUUUUUCCAAAGACGGAACGAAAACACUUGUCCGGUCUUGACUUUUCGCGCAUUGUUGUCUUGGGGGAUGCUGAGAGCCGGUCGAGCCGCGUCUUACCUCUCUCGAAAACGGGUGCCUUUAUAGUGUGAGGGGCACAAUGGAGCGGGUUCAGGGCCACGCGGCUUAUCCUCCUGCUGUGGUCAAUCCCGACGCAUCUCCUUGGGCCCGUUUUCGUACCUUCGUCUCUCUGCCUUCUUUUGGGAACGGAUCGUGCCGCCCGUGGGCAGGGGGCGUUGCAAGUCGUGGCCGAGACUGCCCGGCGGAUGUCGGCGAAAGCUUCGUUGAUCCUUGUCUGUCUGGCUACGUUCUCGCCAAGGCCUCGGUGGAUAAGUGUAUGGGACAUCAGGUUUUGUUGGUGAAGGCAGGCAAGGGGGCAAUAGAUGGCGGCCGAUACGGUUUCUCAAUCCCAAAUCAGGCUCGUCGUCGCCGUCUUGUCUCAUUGCGUUGUUCUUCUUCCUUUUCCUUUUCUUGUCGAUGAAUACCGACUAUUUGCGGCCACAGAGACACACGUGCAAGCCAGCACUUGGAAGGUUUUUUUUUUUUUUUUUUUUUUUUCCGUGGGGAAUCUUCCAUCCUUCUGGUAUUCUUACCAAGUUCGACGAACAGAAUCAUGGACAACAGGGGAGGGGGAUCCAGUCCGUCUCUAUUACCACGCGCACGCGGUCGAAUCUGUGACGGACAGCGCCGUGUCAAAUACGCCGCCCCCCUUCGCAUCCAUGUACGCACAUCGGUCCAACGUCCCUCGCAGAACAGGCCUGAAUUAAGUUCACCCAACAAAGAGUCCGUCUUUUUGUCAUCUGAGCCAAUGUCGCUUCAAGAGCUGGGCUUCGGGGCCGGACAACGAGCGGUACGGCCCGCGUACGUAUGCCAAGCGGAGUGCUCGUCGCCCUCCCCCCCCCGCCUCU